AUGUCUGCAAAUCUCAAUGCAAAUGUCGAUCAACACCUACAAGAUACUGCAUAUUUACAAGCUCCAGUUAACGAGCUAGUUGCACAUGCUCCCACAUUGCAACAUGAAGCUUAUGCGGAGAUAGAUGAUGAAGUUAAUUCUUAUGUUGAUACUCAUCUUGAUGCUAACACUGAUGGUUCUAGUGAUGUUAGUGAGCUUGAAGUCAAUGUUGCUUUUGAUACUAGUGUUGAUAGUCCAAUGUGUUUUGAUUUUGCAGAUUCUAAUGAUGAAGCCAACCAACAAGAAAUACAUCUCCCUCUUCCACAUAGAACUUAUGAGAGUGAGAAGAUGUACCCUGGUGAAGAAGAAAAUAAGUUGUUGGAUGAUUUCAAGAAAUGUUUUGCAAGGGAUGAAGUUAAGAAGAUGGAUGUAGAACGUGGAUCUAAAUUAGCAAUUUUUCCACAUAAGCCGCUUUUAAUUAAUCUAGACAUUUUUGAAAAGUCGUGCUUAUUGGAGAGUGUGUGUUCGUCACUUGAUGAUCCACAAACAGAGCUCUCAACCAAAGACAUCACCAUCUCUCACCACCCCACAAUCUCAGCUCGCCUUUUCCUUCCAAAAAAGCUAAACCAAGAUCAUCAUGUAACUGAGAAAGUACCAAUCUUGGUCUACUUUCAUGGUGGUGCUUUCAUCUUGGAAUCUGCUUUCUCUAAGUCAUGUCAUGAUCAUUUCAAAACCUUUGUUCCACAAACAAACGUUUUGGUCGUCUGUGUGGAGUACAGGCUUGCUCCUGAGCACCCUCUCCCUGCUUGUUACCAUGACUGCUGGGCUGCACUCCAAUGGGUAUCCUCCCAUUCCACCAAGAGCCUUAGCAAUCCAGAGCCAUGGUUGAUUGACCAUGGUGAUUUAAACAGAAUUUUCAUCGGGGGUGAUAGUGCUGGUGGUAACAUUGCGCAUAACAUCGCCAUGCGUGCAGGGAUUGAGGUUUUACCAGGUGAUGUUAAACUCUCAGGAGCAUUUAUAGUUCAUCCCUUCUUCAACAGUUCAUACCCAAUUGGAUCAGAACCCAUUAUAGAGCCUGAACAGAACAUUGACCACAAGAUUUGGAAUCUGGUGUAUCCAUCUGCACCAGGUGGUGUUGAUAAUCCCAAGCUCAACCCUGUGGGUCCUGGUGCACCUAGUCUGGCUACACUUGGAUGCUCUAGAAUCAUUGUGUGUGUUGCUGGCAAGGAUAGAUUUAAGGACAGAGCUAUUUGGUAUUAUGAAGCUGUGAAGAAAAGUGGAUGGCAAGGGAAACUGGAGUUGUUUGAAGAGGAAGAUGAGGAUCAUAUUUAUCAUUGGUUAAAGCCAGAAUCUGAGAGUGCCAAAAAGUUAUUCAAGCGUUUGGCUUCUUUUCACCAUGAGGAGUAG